GUCAUAAUUUCCGAAUACAAUUAGCAAUCACCGAAAAGAACAACUUUCAUCAUAACGGAUAAUAAAGAAGGGGAGUUCCUCGCUAACCGAACCUCUGUCCCAGAAAAGAAGAAAAAGGAUACCUGAUUAUUAUUACUUUCACUGUGAGUCAGAGGAUACUAUUUGUUUGUGUGUACUCGAACGUAGGAUGCGAUUUUCCGAUGCCACCCAGAACUUUGUUAAAACUGUUUGAGAAUAAAAAAAAUAACUUUUAUAUUAUCGUCUGCGUUUCAUCAAUGAAACGACGUGUGUUCGAAAAUAUUGAAAUAAAAUCGAAGUUUCGAAGAUAUGAUUGGAUAAAAUAAAAGAAAUAAUGAGUAAUCAUUUGAAAGUGGAGUUACAAAGUUUAAAGCGUGGACUGGACGGCGGGUACGGUUUUGAUUUGACCCGCUAUUGCUCCGGUUGUUGGACUAGGUUGGGGCGCAUCUUGAGGAGGGGAUCCAACUGCGAAAGCUGUCGAAAAAGAGUUUGCAAGUCUUGUCGACAUUUCGUGGGACAGAGAGAUUGGAUUUGCAUCCUUUGCUACAAGAAAAAGUACAGCUGCGAGCGUUGGUGGCAUGAUGAUGCUGAUGUUCAAAAGUUUAAGAAUAGUCAGGGGAAAACAGGGACUUACCUCUUACGACUAACAGACUGGUCUUCUCAUGGAGUAUUGGAUUCAGGCUCUAAAAAUGGUUCCAUGAACGGAAGAGUGCGUUCUUUCUCAGAGGAAAAUUUUCAGAGCUUAUAUUCUAGAAGUAGUAACAAAGCUCUAGAAUAUGAAUCGGAAAAUCAUUCCAAACGAUUUAAAAGUCAUUUGCAUCCACAUGUGGAAACCUUUAAUACUGAGUCCUUACAACGAUGGAGGCUACUGGAGCAGGAAGAAAAAACAUUAAGUCGGAAACUAAGAUCACAAGGCAAUAGUCUGAAAUACACAAGUUCCAUUUUGAAACAAACAAGAAGAAAAAUUCGCAUAAUUACACAUAUGUCUCAGAAUUCUCUUUUCUGUGAUGAAGAGCUAGAUUCCGAUAAUGAGCCUGAUCUUCGAUCCAGAAGCGCUCCUCCGAAACCAUCAUCGAUACGAUCAAAAAUUAAUCGAUCGGAAACAAUUCCGACUAUCACUGAUUCCGAAGAAUCUGCUUCUCAAAUUGAAGUCUAUAAUAAAGGUGAUGCAUUACGAAAAUUCAGAAACACAAGAUGGCAACAUGAGAUAGACAACGCCAUUUUGUCUGAAAUAGAAUUUCAGGGUAAUAAUUUCCUAAUUCGACGAUUUUCCGUGAGAGGAACUAGAAUUUUUAAUCGCAGGAGAAAUAUAAAAUUUUAUCCUGAAAACGAUCAAAAUUACGAAGAAUUACCAACUGGCAUGAAACGAAGAAGCUUCUCGCUUCCAGCUCUGUUACCAUUCAUGGACUUUGAAGAUAAUGAUUUCUGGAGGGUGGGCUUUGUUCAAAGUAGAGUCCAAAAGUUAGAAAAGGAUUUAGCGAAUCAUUUUGAAGAUCUUUAUUUUCCUUGUGCCUAUGAAUUCGAAGUCCAAAGUCUUUGCAGUCUCGAUAUGGGGAAAAUCGUACCAGAUGACUAUAGAAUAGCUUAUGUAAGCAGUUUAGAAACAUCCUUAGAAUCUAACUUGGAUUAUAUGGAAGACGCCAUAAGUGCAUUUGGGACUGGAACUUUAGAUGCAAAAAAUGGCAAUAAGGCCUCCGGCUUGGAAACUUUAGACAUUAAACGAAAUAAGAAAUAUGAAUUGAGUGAUGAGGAUGACUGGAAUUUAUCGUUCAGUUCCUCUGAAAAUAAAGAGAAUUCAUCGGAGGAAGAUGAAUUUUAUUUCUUUUUGACACCAGAAACCGUUGACUCGGAAAACACAUCGGAAACUGUUUUAGGUCAGGAAAAUGAUUCCUUUACAAUUUUGGAUGAAAAAACAAAACUAGAAAAUGAGCAAACGAAUAUUAACGACAUUGUCCUCAACGAUUUUCCAAAUGUAAAACUAGCCUGCAAUAUCGAAAAUACAAGAUUAAAUUUUUCAGAAAUUAUAACCGGAGAGAAGGCCCCUACUUAUAAUCUGAGUGUCAAUUUCAUGCUUAAAGAAAUAUCUUUAUUUAAAAAACCCAUUAUUUUUAAACGAAAUCGUUCUUUCGAAGAUGAAAAACUUGAAUUUUCAGAUAUUAUUAGAAAGAACAAAACUUGCUUAUUCUGCAAGAAAAAAAAUGUCAUGUGCAUUGGAGAAUCAAUAAAAUAUAAUUCGAUAUCUAGUAAAAUAGAAGAAAUUUAUUAUUAUGAGCCUUUGGUUACUCCUUUUUCUGAAAUAUAUGCUAUUACUUAUGGUAAGUUGUUUACUAAAACUUUUAUCACAAAUGAAGAAAUGGAAAAUUCCGAAAUUAAACAACUGGUUGUUGAUUUAAUUGAUCAAACACUCAUUGAAAAAUCGUCAGAAAAGAAAUUAUAUUUAGAUAACCCGUCACAUUCUCAACAGACUAACGAAGAUGAUUUUAUGAAAAUAAUAAAUUUUCCCAGCUAUCCCGAAAGCAGCAUUAAUCUGGAAGUAAACCUUUUUUCAUCGGGUGCGUUUUACAAUUAUGUAAAAAAAUCAAAUCUAAAAUUUAAUUCCAGAACAAACACUGAAAAAAAAUGGAAAAAACCGAAUGAAAUUAAAGAUCAAGAAAUAUCUAAAGUUCUUUCUAACGAUGUUAAAAACAUCAUUUACUCCUCUUUUUUAUUAAAUACUACCAAUAAUAUUUUUAACAAAAUUAGUAACCCUAUCACAGAUUUUCCUAAAAUUUCAUUAAUAUCUGAGCACGAGAAACUUCUAAAUGAAAGAAACGUUAGUCUCAAUGACAUACUUAAGUUCUCUUAUAAAAAUUUUAAUCAUCCUCAAGUAAUAAAUUAUUCGAUUUUCAUGAAUAAUUCACAAAACAAAGCUCAAAUAAAUUCUUUCCGCCAAUUAAAAGAAGAUUUUUCCGUAUAUACAAACCCACAAAUUUUAAUUGUGUUUUCAAACCACAGGGCGUUUCGAAACCGAAACUUCCUGAAUGAAAAGGUUAACCUUAGCGGUGAAAAUGAAAUUUUGAAGGGAGAAAUGAAAAACGAGGUGGGCAGAAAUUCAGAAAGUGGAUUCUGUGCUUCACGACGUCAUAGCCACCGCUGUGUUACGUCACAAACUGGUGGAGCAACAUUCGUGGAAUGUUUUCUUCCACCCGAGUCGCAGUACGCGCUCGUUGGCGAUCAAAGUGAGACACGCCUUCCACCUGGAUCCGUGCUUCAGAUAACUGUGCCAGCUGUGCAACGGGUGGCGAAGCGCGAAAAUCAUUCAGCGGAGAACGAAUGCACUGUACUGUGUGUUUCAAACGUAGCAGAUGGUACGUGUCGAAGAAAUCGAACAGAUUGGAUUAAAAGACUAAAAUGUGAUACCACUUUCUUUAAAGGAUUACAUCCAAUACUGGAUUAUGCCGUAAUCGAUUGCUUUGUGUUGGAUUACAACCAUGAGGAUUAUGUGCUACCUGCAGCCUUUACGCUGCUAAUUGCGAACGAUUGCUUUGAUUUACGUAACGGCGAAAACUCCCGUUACUCUGUUUUGCAGUGGAAUAUGGCAACUCUAGGAGAUGAGAUUCGUUCUGUCAAUCGCGUUGUGAGAACUGAAGGGAAAAACAUUUCAAAACUAAAGAAAUUUUUUGAUUCGCCGGAAACAUCAACAAAAACGCGAGCAGACGAUAAUUCCUUCCGAAAAUUCGUGGAACGCAAAACAUCUACUAUUUCGUCACAGUCAGAAAUUAUGUCAAAUGAAAGCCCAAAUAGUGUUUAUUCUUCCCAGGAAAAAUCUUCUGAAUGUAAAACUGUCAUAAAUAAUGUAUCUUCAUCAUCAAACGAUCAAGUAAGUGAAAAUAACAGUACUCAUAUUAAUUCCAACGUUCAUAAUUCUUCCGAUUCACUGUCUGACAUUCCAUUUUGUAGAAAAGUAACAAAAGGUUCAUUGUGGGACAAUGUUGAUAUUGGUAAUAGUGCAAAUGAUAAUGAAUUUUGGAGACCAUCAGACGAUAAUCAUGUUGAGAACGGAUAUUCAGUAUCCAAUUCUUCUUCUGAAUUGCAAGAUCUUAUUGCAGCAUCACGAAGUGAACUUUCUAAAAUAAGGGACCAGGCUGUUUCUGAUAAAUCGAACUUAGAAAGUUAUUUUACAUCAUUUGAAAAUUCUAAAUCAAUGUCAUUCGAAACUUCGGAUUUGUUUAAUGGUGAUCAACGUUUUUUUUCUUCCACAUAUGACUGUGAUAUGAAUGACAUCAGUUUUGAUGACGAAGAUGCUGUUUUAAGUGAUGUGUCUUCUGACGAAGAAAUGCGGGGACAUCCAGCAUUAUCUAAUACGAAUUACCUUCCAGCUUAUGCUCUUCAUACCAUAAUUGAAGAGAGCUGUGAAGAAAGCGAGAGAGAUUCUCGGACAGCAACCCCUACCAACAACACCGAGACAUCCAAACUUGAAAGAUAUUUUAGCUGGGACAUCAUCAAUGAUACUGAAUUAAAUCUCAGGAAAAAAGAGGAUGAUGAAAGUACUAUCUAUAGUGAUUCUCUCUCUGAAGGUACAGCCGGUGAUACUCCUAAGGAAGUGGAUCCUACCCAUCUUGUAUCUUCUCGCUUAGAGAAAUACUUCACCUCUGGGUUAGUUGAUGAUGACAACUAUUAUUAUCCUGAUGAUGCUGAAUAUCCCGAGGAUCCACCUGUCAGUGACUUUGAAGAGGACAGUGUACAUCAAAAAAUAAGUCGAUCUGCCUUAUUAAAUUCCUUAGAAUCUAACCAUCUACCGCCUAAAUCUGAUGAUACCGAAUCUCCCGAAAACGAGGAAGUACCAGUUUCGAUUAAUUUGCCAAGCUCUACCAAAGUCGAAACUGAUACAAAAACAAACGAAACUUUUCCUUCAGUCUGUGAUAAACAUAAUGGAACUUUUGAUAUUUCCCCUUGUAUACAACUUAAAUCUAGAUCUGCCCCAAUAAUUAGAAAUUUGAAUUUAGAAUCCGACAGAAUAUUAGAUGAUGAUGAAGAGGAAAGCAUCGGUGCCGAUGCAUCGAAGUUAAAUAAAACGAUUCACACUUAUGAAAAUGUAUCAUUUAGUGAUAAUAAUGCUAACUGUGAUUUUCCUCAAAGCAAUAGUACUGAUUUAUUACCAGAUGAUAUUACAAAAGAUGAAGCCAUUAAUUUGAAACACAUAUCCAAUAAACAACAAAUAGCUGCCGAUAUUCAAUCAAUAAUUCAAAAACUGGUUUCUCAUUUUUCUGCUGAUUCUUUGAAAGACAGCAUUGAAACUGAUUAUACAUCUGCCUGGCAGAUGCUGGAAACUGAAAUUGAAAGGCUUCUUAAUACUAUAUCCCCGAGCGCUUUAGAACAUAACAGCUGUAACAGCAGUCUAGUCGACAGUAACAACAGUGACUACGGAAGUGAUACAAUCGAGUCCAUUGAUUGUAUGACUGAUGAUGAUGAUUGUGUUGAUUCAAAAAAUCGUAAUGCUAAAUGUCCACUUGUUGAUAUGUUGAGGCCUUUUAAGGUUCAAACGGACUGUGAUUUAAACGCUUUUAAUAUUUCAGAUGAAACAUUAGGAAUAUGGAAGAGAUUGAUACAAUCCCUGCAAAAAGACAACAUAGCUUUAGCGAAAAGUAGAACUUAUGAUCCGAAUGCAGAGGCUAGGUUAUACAUUAAAAAUCAAAUUGUAACAUUGAUGCAUACAGUUACUGUUAAUGAUGCCAACGUUCAAGAUAUUGAGAAAGUUGCAAGUGGUAAUGAUUCCGAAGAAAAAGAUCUCGUACUCGAUGAGCAACCGCUGUCUGAAGAAUUAAAUGAAGCUUUUAAUGUUAGCAUUACUAAUUCAAAUAUUUUAACGGGAAUAAAUGGGGAUGAAGUUAUAAUACCCAAGAUUGAAUCUUCCGAUGAAGGCAUAUCAUCUACAGAUAGUAAUGAAAACAUACAUUUAGAAGAUGAAUCUAUGAAGUUAUCCCGAAAUGUAACUAUUACUGAAGAGAUGAUGGAAGGUGAUUCAUCUAUGAUUCAGCCAUCCUCUAAUUCAAACAAUAUGGAAAAGUCUGAUGAUUCACUACUUAAUUCAGCUGAAACAUUAGACAAAGAGUCUUCUAAAACACCAGAUUCUUCGACAUUACUGCAUCAAAAUAAUAAAACCAAGUUUUCUGACGGUAAAAUGCAUUGUAAAGAAAAUGAUCUAAAGUUUUCUGUCGUUGACAUUGAACUUGAUGAUAAUGUGCCAACUGUAGCAGAAAGAAAAAUGUCCUCUGACAGCCACUGCGAAAAUGAUUCUGAUGAUUUGCUUGUUGUUUCCGAUGAUCUAGCACUGUAUUCGUCUAACGAAACAUUGUCUAAACUAAGAAAAGAAGCAGAACGUUCGCAAUCAGUCAAAACUUCCCGUAAUCAUGAUAUUGGUUACUUUUCUUACAAAUCAUGUGAUGAUAGUUUGCUGCAUACUCCGUCCCCUUCUUCAGAUAUUGUUGAUGUUCCAAAUUUUAAGUCCCUUAAAAGAUCCAUUAAAAAGUUCCCUCCUCCCUCUAGUACUCUUUCAAAAAGCACUAAUAAUAUUUUUCAAACUCUAUCAUCUGACAUGAAAUUUAGUACCCUUCAGUCUAAGUCAAAGAAAUCAAAAUCCUCGAGCCAAUCUCCUUCACGCCAGUUUACAUCUUUAUUUUCACCUUCAUCUGUCAUUAAAAGGAUUACUGGUACAAAAAGUAGUGAGGCCCAGACUUCUGAUUCUACCAUCCCUGCAAAAUAUCUAAAAAAGUAUGCCAAAACUACUUCUGUUGAAAAUGAUAAAGAGCUAUUUGGAGCUGUUUCCAUGCCUCAUCUAAAUGCUGCUUGUAAACCUGGUGAUUCAUACUCUGCAUUAGGCUUGUAUUCAGAAAACGAUCCUGAUAACUCAAUGAAUGUUGAUGAUGAAGUGGAUGCCAGGAGAUACUUUUCUGGCAGCCAAAGUGUUCUUUCCCUUGGUUCUCAUAGUGCUAGUAUGACUAGUGUAUAUAGUGCAGGUGGAUGUCACUAUGGCUAUGUUACAAUAAGUGGUGAUGUUCUCUUUGGUCUGAAUUACAACCAAAAGUCUCAAAUGAUGGAGGUCUUUGUGAAACAGUGCCGAAAUUUAGCUGCCAGUGACGCAAGAAAUAAUAAAUCUAAUCCGUAUGUAAAAGUAUAUCUUUUACCUGAUAAAACAAGAAGCGGAAAAAGAAAAACAAAAACUAAAAAGAAUACUCUCAAUCCUGUUUUCAAUGAGCUAUUAAGGUUUCCAGUUUUAAAAAAUGAACUAGAAUCAAGAACUCUUUGGCUUACUGUCUGGAAUAGUGAUCUAUUUGGUAGGAAUGAUUUCUUAGGGGAAAUUUCACUGCCACUUGGUUAUCGUCUGCUUGAUUCUCCUACACUCAGGUGGUACCCCCUUCAAGAAAGGGCUGAGUCUCUGACGAGCCCCUUGAACUACCGAGGCGAGUUAUUCAUCGCCUUGAAAUAUGUGCCAAGGGACUUGAGUCUAGAGUCCCGUUUCAGACCUGCUCCUGUCAUCUCUGUGAGAGGUGCCCUUCACGUUCUUGUGAAGGAGGCCAGAAAUAUCUCCACCAACAACAGCAGCAGCCCUCUUGACGCCUUCUGCAAAAGUUAUCUCUUGCCUGACAAGAGCAAAAGUAGUAAACAGAAGACACCCAUUGUGAAGAAGAGCAGACACCCCAAGUGGUAUUACACGGUCAUCUAUGAAGAUCUGAGCGUGGACGAUCUAAGGGAGAGAAGCCUAGAACUCACUGUCUGGGAUUACGACAAGAUCACGAGCAAUCACUUUCUGGGUGGUGUCAGACUCAACACUGGCUCGGGUCUGUACCAUGGUGUACCAGUUGACUGGAUGGAUUCUAGAAGAGACGAGUCCUCCCUCUGGCAAUCCAUGCUAGAGAGUCCCAACAUGUGGGUAGACGGUUGCUUACCACUGAGACCAACUUUACACUCACACCUCAGCUGAGAAAGAAAACUGAAAUUUUGUUUUAGUACAAAGUUGUUUGUUUUGUUAAGAUUAUUUUAACCAUUUAAACUGAGCUGGUUGAAGUUAGUUGUUUAUUCACCAGUUUCUUAUGAAAUUAGUUUGUCAUCGAGAAUCAAGAGUCCACAAAAAUUCUGUUUCGUUUUUUUUUUUAUUACGGUAUUUUUUAGUAGCAAUUGACAAUGCUUGCUAGUUAUAUUUAAAAAAAUAUAUUUUAUUGUCGAGAUUGUGCAUCAUCUGUGAGCUCUUUUUACAAGCUUAGUAUGCAUGUAGACAUUAGAUUUUAAAAAAAAUUUCUUUGCUUGUAAGAAUAAUCUAAGAUUUUAGCUAAAGUAUGAAUAACUACAGUGGAGUACUAAUUAACCAAAUAAUAUGAAUGAAAUUUGUCCUUUUCUUUUAGCAUAAAUCAUAGUUUCUUAAAAUUUUUAUGGGAUUUAGAUAAGUUUUAUGUGAAAAAACAAUUUUUUUUUUUAGUUGCUAUGGAAAAAAAAAAAUUUUUUUUCCUCUCUCCUACUACUUUUGAGCAAUAAGAUCAAAAUAAUUUCAUACUAAUAAAAUUCAUGACCUUUGUUUUUCUAGUAAAUUUCCUCUGUAAUAUUUUACAAACCUCAGGUUGCUGCUUUUUAAUAUUUUGAUUUUAUGUAUUCAAAUUAUUCAAACUACUGCAAUUAAUUUCCUUUUUUUUUGGUUAUAAAAAUUUUUUUAGCAACUUCGGGGAAAAAAAAUGGUUUAAUAAAAACGACAGAUGACUGUUGAUUGAUUAAUUUGUUUGUAACACCUAAAUCUCUUUUUCUUUUUUUUUAAAUUUCCAAUUUUGUUUUCAAUAUACUGCUAAAACAAAUGAAAUACAUGAAAACAUAAACAUUUAUAUAUAUGUAGGUUAUUAGAAAAUAUCUGCAUGUUUGAUUAUUUGCUAAUUUGUACUUUACUGUAAAUGAAAUAAUCAAUUUGACCAAUAAAAAUUUUACUUGUCUAAAUUAUAAACAUUUUUAAAAAAAUGACAAGUUUUUAAUAUUCCCAAUUUAAGUGCUCAAUUUGCCAUUAAUUAAAAAAACAAAUAUUUCUUAAUGCAUUAUUAGCAACUUCAUUUGAUAAAUGUAUAUUCAAGUCUAAGUGUUUGUGGCAAAGUUUUCUAUUUGUAUACAAUAUUCUAUACCCGUUUCAUCCGUAAUUGUUUACAUUUUAAUGAUUCAUAUGAGUGUGAUUAUAUGAAUUAAAUCAUUUUAAUUCUUAAAUGAAAUUUGCAUUGAUUAUAAUGUAUAUAUUGUACGAUUAUUACUCAUGUUUAUGAAUUUCUUCAGAUCUGAUCGUUAUUGUGAUCUUGUUUAUAAUGCAAUCGUCAUCAACUUAUCUGUAAAAUAAUAACUGCUUUGACAUGAAAAAAAGAUUUCCGUCCAAGAAUUGUAAAUGUUGUGAUUUAAAAUUAACUUUUUUUAACAUAGCCUUUGCUUCAUUAUUUUUUUAUCAUGCGUUUAUUUGUAAAAUCUUUUACAUAACAACCGUUCCAUUUUAAUGUUGUCUUUGUAUAAAUCUAAUUUAUAUUUGUAUAAUAAUUUCUCAUCGAUGUACUCUCAAUGUUUGUGAAUACUUGGAAUUUUGUACAGAUUAACGUAAUACUUAAUCGCUAUUUUAUAUAAAUGUUUUAUGCGAGAAAAUUGCUUGUAAAUAUCUUGUGUGGAUGUAAGAGAUGAAAUAAAAAAUAUUUUGUUAACAAUAAAA